AUGUCGACAAAUCCAUAUCCACAACAAACUGAUCAUGAAUCUGGCAACGUUACUCCACCAUAUGAAAAUGAGCCUUCUGCGCCCGAACCCACUAUUAGGAAAAGACAAAAACACAAAGCAUCGGCAAACACAUAUGAAGCGGGAGAAAAGUUUGCACGAGAUUAUCCUCCUCAGGAGAAAUUGCCAUCAGAUACUGACAUAAGUUACAUAAUCAGUAAUGGUGGUGUAGCAGCAUGUCGUUUUGAUCUUGACCCGCAAUUCGCCACGCGUCAACAAACUACUAUCUCGGAUGACGGACGAAUAAUACAAUUUCAUGGAAAAGAAGAUAGCGUCGUACAAGCAGUACAGACAAAUUAUCCGCUGUUUGUCCCGUCACUUACGGGAGAUGCAAUAAAUACGACCAGAGAUGAGAGUAAUGAAAGCAACGAAAAUAAUGAAAGCAAUAACGUGAAUCGCGAGCAAGAUAAGACGAAUGUGGAGGACGAUGUAAUUAUACAAAUACCCAUGUCUACGUCGAUGUUAGCAUCCGAAACUAUAAUGCCCGAGAAGUCAUCGAAAUUAUCAUCGAACGCUUUAUCGAAAAUCGAUCAAAAACACUCUUUGCAUGCUGAUUACAAUCCAGAAAAUGCUUUGUAUUACUAUGAGAUAACUGUAUUAUCUAACACAGACCCAAAGAAUACGACAAUAGCAAUAGGACUUGCCACAAAACCCUACCCACCGUUCAGAUUACCCGGUUGGAACCUUUACUCGGUAGGCUAUCACUCUGAUGGAUGCAAAUUCAACGAUGCGUUUAAAGGCUAUUCUUACGGGCCCGAGUGGGGUAAAGUUGGAGAUAUUGUCGGAUGUGGAUAUUUUGCUGCUACUGGACGUGUAUUCUUUACUAAAAAUGGACAGACUCUUGGCACUGCGUUUGCCAGUAUUCGACAUCUGUGGUAUCCUACUAUCGGCGCGGACGGUCCAUGUAAAUUUCGGUGA